UGCGGCGGCCAGGAGUAUGAGAAAGUUGUAUUUCUCUGUUAGUAAACAGUAAACAGAGUUUUCAUUCAUUUACGGAGAGGUUCUCUGGUUCUUUCGAGAAAUAUAAUUUCUUAAAACGAUACGUGCUUCUUCAAAUACCGUUAUUUCGAUUGAUCUCCGAAGUACGAGAGGUUAUCCUUCCUAACAAUUAACAAUGGAGCAGAACUCGUCUAGUGAGAAUGAAGAAGCAGAUGAACGUGAACGUCCUCCUAAGCAGAUCAGAAAGGAGUGGUUAAAGCAUGGACAGGUACCACGAUCUACGUUGCAGAGAUGGGAAAAACAGGCUAGAGAGCAACAUAGUGUAGCUAGCGGAUCAACAUCUGAUAGCAGCACUAGCAGCGGUGAUGACAGAAACAGCAACGAAGGACAUGAAUCUGAUCAUGGUGAACAGAAUUAUGGGGAAGAUGGAGUUGAAGGUGAUGAUGAUGCUGCUGAUGAUGGUGGUGAUGAUGGUGGUGAUGAUGAUGGUGAUGAUGGUGGUGAUGAUGGUGGUGAUGAUGGUGAUGAUGGUGAUGGUGACGAUGGCGGUGAUGAUGACGAUGACGGUGAUGGUGGCAAUGGAGGUGACAUUAACGAAAACAUUGGAAAUGAGGAAAAUUUUGAGUUCAUGCCGGAGUUGUUGUUUACACGAUCACCACAUACUGCUGGGCAAGCAGUAAUACAAGUACUUCAGCUGUAUUCAAAGCACGCCAUUACAAAAAGUUGUCUUCGAGAUUUGAUCAAACUAAUUCACAACUUGUUACCACGGGGAAAUACUUUCCCAAGUACGUAUUACUUUCUACAAAAUAAUAUUGCUCGUUUCAUCCCUCCUGCAUCCUCUGUGGAACAUGUGGCAUGUGGAUUCUGUGGCUUUUAUCUGGGAAAGUUGAGCAACAUCCUGCCUGGUCCAUGUCAACUUUGUGGUAGAGUGGAGAGGGUGAAGUUUCAUGAAUUUUCACUUGGAGUUCUUAUUAAGUACUUAUUUGAGAAAAGAGGAUUAUCUGAUGCAAUUGACGCGCAUGAAAAUGGACCUCAAUCAGAUGUGAGUAACAGUGAAGAAUACUUACGGCUCAAGGACCAAUAUCCAGGACGUUAUGAUUUAAUUCUUUUGUGGAACACAGAUGGUGUUAAAGUUAGGAGAAGUGGCCCAGCAUCCCUUUGGGAAUUGUCAAUAACCAUCUGUAAUGUACCUCCUCAAGUGAGAAACAAAUUCACAACUGUUGUAGGAUUAUGGUAUGCUGACAAGAAACCUAAACUGACAACAUUUCUUACUCCCUUCAUUGCAAGCCUCUCACAACUUGAACAGAAUGGUGUCAGGUGGACUCACCCAAGAACUGGAGAGGCACAUAUCAGUCAAGUUGUUGCUCCAGCUGUCAGUGUUGAUGCUCCUGUGAGAGGAGAGCUCCAGAACAUUAUGCAACAUGAUGGAGAAUUUUCUUGCCACAAUUGUGAAAUUGAAGGAGAUGAACUGAUAUUAGGUCCCAGAUCACGAAAAAGAAUAUAUCCUGUACCUGAUGAACCUUGCCCACUACGGACCAAGGAAUCUAUGAGGCUCCAAGCCGAUAGAGCAGAGGCUGAAAAUGUAAUAGUUAAGGGAGUGAAAGGGACUUCAUUGUUAGAAUCAAUUCCUACUUGUGACACAGAAAAAUCAAUCAUUUUGGAUUAUCUUCAUUUGGUGCUGCUGGGCGUUGUGCGACAGUUCUUUAAACUUUGGUUCACUGGUGCUGGCACUGAUUGGUAUAUCGGGCGCAGAAAGAGAUUGGUGACAUUAUUUCUGAAAGAACUUCGAAGAACCUAUGAGGUGUGUCGCUGUCCAUCAGAUGUCAGUCAAUGGAAGCUUUACAAAGGCUCGACCUGGAGGACAUGGCUGCUUUUCGUGUCUCUUCCAGCUCUUAAGCCAUUUUUAAAGGACAAGUACUUUCAACAUUGGAUGCUUUUGGUCCUAGGAAUGUCAAUUCUCCUGCAAGAGUCAAUAUCAGCACAAGACCUAGAUCUAGCCGAUCACUUGUUGUCAUUGUUUGUUUGUGAUACACAAGAACUUUAUGGAUAUUCCGCCAUGACCUAUAAUCUACAUUGUCUGUCCCAUCUUGUGCUGGUUACAAGAAGGUGGGGUGCACCAUGGUCUGUGUCAGCAUUUAAAUUUGAAAAUCUAAAUGGUGUUCUCAGUAGACUUAUCCAUGGGACUAUCCACAUCACCACAGAGCUAACAAAUACUCUGAACAUAAUUACUGCUACAAACAGUAUAGACUAUCUUAUGAACGAAGCUCAGAACAUUCGAAGGGACCCAAGAGUAAGCAUGCUCUCACCAGUGCAUGGCAUCAUUUUAACAGAUGCUGAGAGACUUGCACUAGUGGAAACUUUGGCUGAUAUUGAUGAUGUACGGUAUUUCAGUCGUGCUAAGAUUGCAGGAAUGAUUUUUACAUCUUCAAUGUAUUCUGCGGAGAGAGCAACAGACAAUAAGCACAUAUGUUAUGAGAUGAGGAGAGAAGAGCAUUUUGGUAUUGUCCAGUUUUAUGUGAGAAAAGGACAAGAAUUGUAUGCACUGGUAAAGAAAUUAGUAGUUGAACCUGAUCGACAUUUCCAGCACACAGAGACUCAAUUAAUUGUGAAUCAUAUUAAACCUGUACAAAUAACUGAUGUGCUCACAGUUAUCCGUCUUUCGAGCAUUUCUUGUAAAGUAUUCAGAAUUGGUGAAUAUGUUUGUAAAGAGUUAAAUCGAUAUGAACAUGCCUUGUAAUGUAAUUCACUUUAUUUACUCAAUUUCUGUAAUUAGAAAGACUAUCUUACUGUCAUUUGAAAAUUUUGUACUUUUCUUUCCUCAGCUACUCUAAGUAAAAUUUCAUCCAUUACUCAUUUAAUUAAAGUGAAUUUUAGCACUUGCCAAAUUUGAUACAACCUGUA